AGCAUUUCGGCGGUGAUGCAAUUAAUACUCAUUGUCGAUGUUAAGGACGUCAUCUCAUUCUAAGUCUGAAACUGUUAUUAUCAUUCAUAUCUGGCCGAUAAAGCGAGUAUUUAUGAAUCACAAUGCAUCACCUCAAGCGCCGUGUUCAGCGGCUUGUUCAUUACCUGAAAUGUGUGGAUGACAGUUGUUUAUUCCAACUAUAGUGUGAACGUUAAUUUAUUGUUAGUUUUAAACCAAAUUUUUUAAAAUGAAACAAAAUGCUGUCAUCCCGUAUUUUUGUACGGUUCUUACUCUGUUAUAUAUGUGCUGCAGUUGCUCCAAUGCUGCAGUAACCGAUCUAACGCUACAGAGAGGUGCAUCCGGUGAAAAUGUAGUGAAAGCGGUGGUACAUAAAAUCCUCAAAAUUUUUGGUGACGACAAGGAUACACUACGUCGAACGGCAUGCGCUUUAUCGCAGUACGGCGCUGUUCCUGAUAGAGGCGGAAUAUGGCAGGUAUCGGAAGAGAUGUUUGAAGCUACCAAAAGGAUGACAAAGUACAGUAAAGAAAUCCAAAGGCAUCUUAAUGUAAAGUGGUCAGAUAUGACUAAAGACCAAUUGGAUUUGCCGCUCAUUUCCGGACUUGCGGUACGUUUAGCUCUUUCUCUGGGAGAGGCCGCUGGUGAAAAGAUCCCCGACAGCUAUGGAGAGCAGGCCCAAUAUUGGAAAAAAUACUGUAAUAGGUUUGCUGAUUCCCAAGCGUUAGAAACAGCAAUGCGAUCAUGCCGCGUAAAGCACUGUCCAGCACGCAUGGACCUGUGCAUUAUGAUGGAUGCGUCUGGAAGUAUCGAAGAGUCGAAUUUCCAGCGUUCCCGUCAAUUUGUUAAAGAUAUGCUUGACGAGGUGGCAAAUGAUAUGGUGCACACGGCUUUAGUGAUUUUUUCCAGCUAUGUUCAGCCAGUGCUUUCCUUUGACAGCAGAAUUUCGGAUAUUGCAGAAGCUGUAAUGAAUCCCUUACGAACUCCAUAUCUGCAAGGCAGCACACAUACCUCUUUAGCUGUCGAUUAUUGCAUCGGCCAGUUCGAAACCUUUGUCCAGAGUGCUGUCGGCACCCCGAAGAUUAAUUUUUUGCUAACUGAUGGACAAUCGAAUGGCCCAUACGACAACAGUCUGGCCGAAAGCGCAGCGACAGCCCUUGCGGCCAACAUUACGUCCUUUGCUAUCGGCGUCGGGAACGACAUAAAUAUGACCGAACUGUUAUUAGUGACCGGCAACAGGGAAGAUCGUAUUCUCACUGUCAACAGUCCGCUAGGAUUAGCACGGGAUAAAAUAUUACAACUGGCUCAAACUACUUGCAUGAUACCGCUCAAUCCGCCCUUUGGGAAACGGACUACCGACACGGUGGAAAAGGAUCAGAGCCGUAUAAUCGGUUUACACCUGCCUGAGCCGGGUUUGGAAAUUGCUAUUGAUGCUUCUGAGGGAAGCGUAGUGGUAUAUUAUGCUUACGAUUUCGAAGUCCCAUCAGCAGCGGUACAUGAUGGAAAACUUCCUGGUAACGGAGGAUUUGUUCCUCCUAAACCGUCCCACGUCCAGCGCCGGGUGAGAGAUACCUCGGCGGCAACCUUCAUCCAGUCUGCCAUCGAUAAGCCAGGGGUUUACAUCAGUAUCACCGGAAUCGAGGAGCGCAACACGUACAGUUUCGUAGCUGAACCACGGCGGGUUCCGCCACUGCCGUGGUGUCUGGAACGUAUGAACGACCACAAACCUCGCAUUUGGCUCUGCGUAGAGCCGUAUAAUGAUCCAACCAGCGCUGGUGCAGUCUUUCUCCUCAGUCGACGAAGCCUUGAUUCCGUGUUUAUGUUGAUGUUAACACUCCUUAUUGUGCAUUUGUGAACUAGUCGCUCAUCUGUGAAUUUGUAAUUAUGAUCUCCUGGCUCUCCAGUCCAACCAUGCGUAUUUAGCCACUUGUUUUUUGCGUCAUUUCGCAAGAAAUGAGAAAAACAUUAAUUGCAACUGUG